AGUUAUUAAUACUUAGCAUUCUAUUACAAUUUGAUGACACCACAUUCUUAUUAUACUUUAAAUGGGGACGUUACGUUUACAAAGUUCAUGUAAAACUAAGAAUUUUUUAAUAUUUUUUUUAACGGUUAUAAGCUUUAUUUGAAAAUGAGUGAUACUAGCCAAAGUACAUCUUUUGCUGAAACGAGAGAUAUCUUAAGCUCUACUGAUUAUCUUCUUGAACCUGAAAUUUUUAAAACUUUGCCUAAAUAUGUAAGGCUUGGAGGUUUUCCAGAAGAAGCUAUACGUCUACUCUCCCAAAAUUAUAGAGGCUAUCCACAAAUGUGUAACUUGGUUGUUAGCUGGUUAAAGUUGUGCGGAAAAAGUGAAGAUGAUAUCAAAAAUAUCCAGGAGGUUUACUUAAGAGAUUUAGCUCUUAAUCAGUUUGAUCCCGAGAUUGCCGAUAACGCCUUUAUUCACCGGGAAGCCACUCCUGAUUGGCUUGAGCAAAUGACCAAACUGUCUCGCUGGCGUUCUUUAUUAUGCGAAUUAUCGGAAAAAUAUCCUAACUGCAUGCUUUUAAAUUUCGCCAUUAGAAAGAUCUCGGAUGCAGGCUAUCAGUCGGAAAUAGCUACGAUUACCUCGGCAUCAGCUUAUAUUGAUGUGUUUAACCGUGUACUCCUUGAUAAACUUCGAUAUAUUUUAACAGAACAGAAUGAUGAAAAAUUUGAAUCUGCCAUAAAAGACUUUGCAAAACUUGUUUGUUCCACUAACUACACUUAUUUAUAUACCCAAGCGUUAUUUUACAGUCUGCGUUUAGAAAAAAAGGGGUAUCUAUUGGAAUAUAUCAGCCACACAGUAAAAGGUGCGGCUAAGCAGCUUUCGCGGAACGUGGACAGGCUCCAUCUUAUUCUUACUGGGACCGCCCGGUAUCCCGCCGUUGCUUUGGCCCUCGUGAGCAUCUUGAGCUCCGGCCGUCUCGCGCCUUCCGACGUGGAUCAUCUCUACUCUCAAUACUCAUCCGAUGACCCACCUCCCAUAAGUCUAGUUCGCCUUCCUGAGCUGUUUGAACUAUUUAUCAAGCUACUAUUUAACCAUAACAAGCCGCUGUCUAACUCCUCUCACAAAAGCAAAUAUAUAUAUGUUCUCGCUUUAAUGGGGAGUGUGUGCCAGAACAACGAUCGCGUAGACUUGGAGCGAACCACCAAAGCCCUUGAGACAGUAAUAGCGGUAUGCAUGAAAAAUGACGUUAGAUACCAGUCGAACUACGAAAUUUCUGUACUGGUGGGUGAAAUGUGGUGCCCGGUAGUCUGUGCUGGACUCAUCCACUGGAUCGGGCUGAACCUGGAGGAGCCCGGCUAUUUCCAGAUGGAAUAUGCCAUGUCUGGAACGGUCCCAAUCCACUUGGCGUUACUGGACCAAAUCGCUUCUAGGCACUCUCCUCUUCAUGGAAAGAUCUUCCGACUUCUCGUUGCCGCUAUGGCUAUAGAGACCCGACUAGAAGUUCUUUUAGCUAUGAAUCUGAAGAGGAUCGUCAUCGACCGCAUGCUCCACCUGGUCGUGCUGGGCUACGUAAGUAGAGUCUUAGGCCACUGGCAAGCUCUGGCUCGCGCCCAAUCGGUGGAACCUUCUCUCUUGCGCUACUUUGUGUGCGAGUUUAUACGGAUGAUUGCACCGCCAUUUCAUGCACGCGUCGUAGCAGCUAUUGUCGAUAUUUCGAAGCAUUACGAGAUGGCGCUCGAAAACGAGGAGAGUGUUGUGCUUCUGAGGGAGUUCUUCUCGAAGUGCUCGGAGAAGGAUCUUUCUCCCAGCGAGUACCAACAGCUCACCGAUCAGAGAAGGAGGGUACAGACUAAUGUAAAAAUGGUUUGCUAGCGAGGUCUACAUGAAUAUGAAUGUGCUUUUAUAAAUUAAAGGAGUUCAAAGGA